CAGUUCUCCAAAUUAAUAAAGAACAGCUAAAGAACAAGUAUAUAUAUGGAAGUUCUGAUCGGAAGGGUUAUUCUAGCUCUGACACGGGAAGCUCUAACUGUCAUUAUAUCAGCUCCUGAAGAUGGACAACUGAUGCCGUUUGCUGAUGUUGCGAGUCGGAUGAGACGUAUUAGCAGUGAGUUUGAGCAUAUACACACAUUUUUGAGUAAUAUCGAUGUGCAAAAACAUAAUACCGUCAUGGAAUCUUGGUUACGACGAGCAAGGGAGAUCGAGAACAAUUUGGAAGAUGUCAUCGAUGAGUUUUUGUAUCUUACUGCGGAAAAACAAUCCCAAAUCUUGAAUAGAUCUGAGGUCUUCACUUACUAUGUCGGGGGUAUUCAUACCAGAAAGACUAAGAUCUUGCAGAGGAUAUCGUCUAAUUUGGAAGAAAUAGAAGGCGACCUACUUCAUCUCGACGCAAUGAAAGAACGAUAUGAUAUUAAGAAAUUCUUAUCCGAAGAUGGUGGUUGUUCUCCUAGACUAAACACUAGAAGACUUCGUAUCGAUCCAUCAGACUUGCUUGAGAAUUUCAAGGAUGACAAGACCAUUCACAGACAAAAGAAAGAGAUUCUGAGGGGGUGGUUAGUAGAUGGAGAAUCUAAUUGCUACUUGAUAACAGUUCUGGGACGUGGAGGUGUUGGCAAGACCACCAUGGUUGAUGAUAUUUAUAGAAGUAAGGAAAUUGCCUCUCGUUUUGAUUGCAAAAUUUGGAUUACCCUUUCAAAGUCUUGUGGAAUGAAAGAAUUACUGACAAGAAUUCUUAAAGAAUUGUCUGCAAAAGAAGAAGAGAAUUAUGAUGUACUGGAUCUGAUUAAUUUGCUAUACAAGGUUAAUAACCUUCUGCAAGAGACAACUUACUUGCUUAUUCUUGAUGACGUUCUGAAUCUGCAACUAAUUUGGGAUGUUCAAAGACUUCUUAUUGACAAUACUCGAGGAAGCAGGAUAGUUAUUACGACAUGCUUACUUGAAGUUGAGGUGGCUGCUCAAGUAAAUGACGUUAUGCCUAUUAAGCUGGACGAACUGAAUAUGGACGAAUCAUUUGAGCUUUUCAAGAGAGAGGCGGAUAUGCAUGAUCUUGCUGCUUCUGAGAAUUUGAGGGAAAUCUUAGAUUAUUGUCAAGGCCUGCCUCUGGCUAUUGUGGCCGUUGCCAGACUAUGGAUACUUACAAACAAAGAAACUGAGGAAUUAGAACGUAUUCACUGUAAACUCAAGCAGCAGCCCAAAUCUAGCAAUGCGGAUGAUGUGAACCAAGUCUUGAGUCUUUGCUACGAAUAUCUGCCGACCAAUUUGAAAAACUGCUUCUUGUAUUGUAGUAUGUUCCAGUUGGAUGCCGGCAUAAAGAGGAAGAAGUUAAUUCGACUUUGGGUAGCCGAAAACUUCGUCCAAGACGAGGAUAAACAAACAAAAGAGGAAGUUGCAGAAAAUAUCCUUAACGAACUCAUCUACCGUUCCUUGCUGAGGGUUGUGGAGAAGAAUAACGAUGGAAGUGUGAGGAGAUGUGGGAUGAGUAAUCUUUUCCGUAAAUUAAGUCUUUCAGCGGCCAGAAAAGAAAAAUUUAGCAUGGUGUGGAAUGAAUCAGAAGCACUAAAAUUGAGAGAUGAAGCUCGUAGAUUGUCAGUGCAUGACUUCACCAAAAACAGCGUGUUGUUUAAGAUGGAUUUCUCUCGCACCAGGUCUUUACUUAUAUACAAGCACAAUUUUUCUGCUUGCUAUUACUUACUGCACACCAUAUCAACAAAAGCAAAAUAUAUGAGGGUAAUAGAUCUGGAAAAUGCAAACAUCGACAGAGUUCCUGAUGGACUGACAGAGCUAUUCAACCUGCACUAUUUGGGCUUGAGGGGGACCAGGGUCACAGAGCUUCCGGAGACCAUAAGGAAGCUUCAGAAUCUGCAAACGAUUGAUGCCCGUUAUACUCGAAUCGUGAAGCUGCCUAAAGGAAUAACCCUAUUGAAGAAUCUGCUGCACUUGUUUGCUAGCGGGCUGGAAGAUCCGAGCCGUCGAGAAUUCCAUUCCAUUAGACAUGUGAAGGUUCCCAAGGGCCUACAGAAUCUUACAAGACUGCAACAAUUUGACCUCGAAGCUGAUGAUGAGUCCGUUCGGCAGCUUCAGAAUCUGACCAACAUCAGAGUGCUCAUCAUAUCCAAGGUGAGAUCAGUCCACUGCUCAGAACUGCGCUUCUCGAUAUCGCAGAUGCCUUUCCUGUAUAAGUUGUCCAUUGCUGCCUGCGACGAGAAUGAGGAGCUCAAUUUGAAGGAAUUCGGUCUCUUUAUGAAGAAUGUUCGUGUGUUCUAUCUACAAGGCAAGCUGGUGGAAUUAGAAUUGAUCGAUGCUCCCCAAUCAUUACUCAAGGAUAACUACGUGCAGCUGUCCCAAACUUUCAUCUCUCUCAGUGACAAUCUACGGGUGUUGCGUUUGAGCUGGAGUCGACUGCAAAGAGAUCCUCUUCCUGCACUUUAUCAACUUCAGAAUUUGACUGUGCUCUAUCUGCAGAAGGCAUAUGACGCCGUGACGCUAAUCUUUCGCAACACCUGGUUCCCUAAUCUCAAAGAACUUCAUUUGCUUCAUUUGCCAAACCUCCGAAAGAUAACAAUAUAUCAAGGGUCCCUGAGGAAUUUGCAAUUGUUAAUCAUGGAAGGCCUCUUGCAACUGACGACGAUCCCAACAGGUAUUGAAUUCUUGAAGUCCCUCCAGAAGCUGCACUUUUCUGAGUGCAACCCCUCCUUCCUCAAUGCGAUUAAUAGAGAUCAGAGAAGCAAGGUAGAGCACAUCCCUGAUAUCUGCUAUGACGAUGGCAUUCAUGGAUCAAGGACAUUGGACAUCUUCCCCAGGACCAGUGGCGUAAUACCAGAUCAACAAAAUCUCACAAAGGUUGGAGCUGAAGUGUCUCUGAAGAGUGUGAAUGAUGCAGAUAAAAUUGUGGGAGCUGGAGUUGUUCAAACCCUUGAUUCAAAUGCUAGAGUGGGGGGAUAUGAGAUUGGUCCUAAUUGGGCAGGAAUACGCCUAGGAACUCCAAUGGAUAACGCUGAGCACUUAAUCAGACCUUAUGGUGGCCUCAAGACUAUAGGACAUGCUAAGGGAUCAUUGAUUGCUUGGCCUUGUUCUUUGCUUUCUAUUCGUCAAAAGCUUUGAGGGAGGAGGAUUCACCUUGAUUCUAUGUCUCAUCAUAGGAACUUUCAAAAAAUUGGAAUUCCAUCCUUUGUCAUGCAUUGUUAAGAUAUUUGAU